CGAUAAACCCCAUUUCUCUCUUUCUCUCUAGGAAAUUUCUAAUGAAGAUGGACAUAGUGCUAUCUGGCUAUCAUGAAUCACACCAGCAUUAACUGCACAAAAACUGGAUCAUAUUUUCGUUCAAAUCAACUACUGAUAUCAAUAUGACGAACAGGUGAAGUUUACCAGAAAGAAUAUUUUUUUUUAACGAGUUUCGGUGUUAUAACCGACAACACGACAAAUGAAUUUUAUUAGUGAAAACAUCCGAUAACACAACACAAUUAUAAUUAAUCAUGGCAUUGAUUGCAACUCGUAGACUGUGUCGAUUUUGUUUACUGGGACAAAAUAACAAAACAAAAUGGCUACUCAAUGAACAAACUAAUAUAAAUCUAGGCCUAUGUCAACGAGCCUCUGGGUAUCCAUUGACAAAAGACAAACAAAACGAAGGUUUACAACCUCCAAAGAAACGAAAACCCAUUACGAAGACAGUUAGAGAUGGUGUAAGAAAUUUUCGUAAAGAAGUGAAAGACAAUGCUGUUUAUUUUGGUCAAGAAGUGAAAAGGUUGGUUAGAGAAGAAAGAGAAAGAGUGUUUGGAGAUCCUCCACAGCAAGCUGUGCAUGGCGAUUACGAAUAUUUAUUUAAAUUUGAUCAUCAAAGAGCAGUGAAUAGUUGGGUUCUAUCUUCGGAUAAGGAAGUCUGUCAAGGUAGAAGUGAAUCUUAUUUUAACCUUAGUAAAAAUAAAACCGGAAUAUUUAGCGGAAUUUUAAGCGGAGAAAUUGUGAAAGAUGGCCUACGUAAAAAGCCAUCUUACUGUUCUGUCAGAUCUCCAUUUAGAACGUUAGCAUUUGAUAGAAUAGAGGCGUAUCAAUUUGAACCAUUUAAUUGUUUAGUUUUAAGAGUUAGAGGAGAUGGUCGGCAUUAUUUGCUUCGACUCGGUGUUGACGCUCAUUUUGAUGUUUAUUGGAGUGAUGAGUACCAUUAUCAUCUGUACACUAGAGGUGGUCCGUACUGGCAGAUAGUUAAGAUACCCCUUUCCAAAUUUUACCUGUCGAACAAGGGACGAAUUCAAGAUAAACAAGUGAAAUUGGAUAAAACAGCUGUGGGUUAUAUUGGAAUCAACCAAUCCGACGGUAAUGCUGGAACAUUUCAUCUUGAAAUAGACUAUAUAGCGUUACUGUACGAUGAAAAUCAUAAAGAAGAAUUUGAAUAUGAAUUGUACGAAGCGAAUCCUGAUCAUGUCGGAACAUAGGAUUCUUGUAGGGUGACCCACCAUAAAUAAAUAUCUCCAUAUAUCUCGACAAUUACGCCACAAUAUUUAUAUAUAUGCCAAGCCACAAAUCAGUUUCACACAAUUAUAGUCACUAAAUAAACGAUCAUGUUGUACUUAAUAAGCUAUGACCAUUAAUCAUGUAUAAAUAAUAGACGGAAAACUAGUUCCAAGAGUCGUCCAUAACAUCCAGACACUUUUGAGUAAAAGAUAGGUUACGUGCCCUUGUUUUGAAAUUAGUCUCGCAUAACCAGUCUAUCGACCAUUCUACGUCUGAUUGACAGGUCGGGAUAAUCAAGACUACUUUUUUACGAAACAUAACAGAAAGCUAGAACAAGAAAUUGAAUUUAGAAAUAAGCACGUUAGGUAGCUCAACAAUCGUUUUAAGAAGCUUGUAAAAGUAAAAUGAAACUACUGCUAGUAUCAUGUUCCUGUCUAACCCGAGUGAUUCAGAGAUAUUAUUUGUACUAAACCAAAAGAUGCCGCUCUUAACGGUACAGUUAAUGAUAAAGCGAUUUAAAAAAUGAAACGAACGUAAUUUCUAAAUCUGCUGUAAUAACCAAGAAGCUUAAUUUUACUGCUAUUCAAAAUCGUCUACAAUAAAUUUUUUACGGCUGUAAUAGUUGAUAGAUUUGUAGAGAAAUGCACGUGCCAUGGCUAUUUAUAGUAUCAUACUGUCAGAAAGUUGGUCUCGGCACGGCGAAUGUGCACGCUUCAGUGGUAGUCUCGAACUAUCAGCGGUGGACUGUAUUUCUGUGAGUAAAUGGGUCACCCUAAUUCUUGUAAUAUUUUACAGCGUAGUUUGUUUUUCUGUGAAUAAAUUACUAAUAUUUACUGGAA